GGCCCGGGGGUGGUGGGACGCCGCAUGGCGGGCGGCGGGGCGGAGGGCGAGCUGCGGAGCCUCUACCGCUGGCUGGAUGCCGUGCCGCUUUCCCGGCCACGCAGGAACGUCGCCCGAGACUUCAGCGACGGGGUGCUGGCAGCCGAGGUGGUCAAGUUCUUCUUCCCUGCCAUGGUGCAGCUGCACAGCUACGUGCCUGCCAGUUCCACGUCGCAGAAACUCGCUAACUGGGGCCAUCUCAACAGGAAAGUGCUGAGUAAGCUGAACUUCUCCGUACCAGACGAUGUGAUCCAGCAGGUUGUGCAGUGCCGGCCGGGCACGGUGGAGCAGGUGCUGCUCCUGCUGCGGCAGAAGAUCGAUGAGAAGCAGAGGCAGAGCAAGGUGGUGCCUGGCCCAGGCCAGGAGCAGGGUGUACGGGCAGCUCUGGAAGAAGUCAGCUACCUGGAGACGGGCUACUCAAAGGCGAAGGGCGGCAUGGGAGGAAGCUACGCCCAGGAGUCUCCCAGGGCUGCAGGGGUGAUGAAGAGCUACCACGGCUGUGCCCAGGCUUCCCCAGGGGACACGGCUGUCCGCCAGCAGCUGGCAGAGAGGGAGCAGGCCCUGCUCCUGGCACAGGAGACCAUCCAGAUCCUGCAGCUGAAGGUAGGGAGGCUGGAGCAGCUGCUGCACCUCAAGAAUGUGCGGAUAGACGACCUCAGCCGGCGCCUGCAGGAAGCCCAGUGCCCGCAGCGGUGAGCGGACCCUCGCCUGCCUGGUAGCCCCUUGCCCAGGCUGCCCUCUCCCCCACCCCUCUCCACUGCCUGCCCCACCUCUCCCGCCCGUGGGAGCUCCUCCUGAGCUGGAAGAGCCAUCCCGGUGCCUCCCAGUUGCCACAGUCCCCAGGAUGGACUCUCAAGGACAAAAGCCAGAGGUGGAAAAUGCAGAUGCAGAAGCAGGGACCCUGUGCCCACCCUUGGGAUCCCCCCAUGGCCGCCGGCGGGCAGCGUGGCAGCAGCAUCGCUACGCCAUGGGCUCCGCUCAGCCCUCCUGCCAGCGCCUGCUGACGGUUCCCCCUUGCAUGUUGGUAAUUAAAAAGCCAGGUCAUCGCUUGGAGACCUCCCUGCAAGGCUGAGUCGCUGUGGGGAUCCAACCUGCCCCUGCCUGGGGGUAUUUAUUUCCCAGCUGGUCCAGCAUCGGAGGGC